UUCUUUUCUUUUCAAAGGUGAGAAAUGUCGCAGCUUCAUUGACCUGGCCCCAGCAUCGGAGAAAGGGGUCCUGUGGCUGUCGGUGGUCUCCGAGGUGCUCUACAUCCUCCUGCUGGUGGUGGGCUUCAGCCUCAUGUGUCUGGAGCUGUUCCACUCCAGCAAUGUCAUUGACGGGCUCAAACUCAACGCCUUCGCAGCCGUCUUCACGGUGCUCUCAGGCCUCCUGGGGAUGGUAGCCCACAUGAUGUACACGCAGGUGUUCCAGGUCACCGUGAGCCUCGGCCCUGAAGACUGGAGACCUCACUCCUGGGACUACGGGUGGUCCUUCUGCCUGGCGUGGGGCUCCUUUACCUGCUGCAUGGCAGCCUCUGUCACCACGCUCAACUCCUACACCAAGACGGUCAUUGAGUUCCGGCACAAGCGCAAGGUCUUUGAGCAGGGCUACCGCGAGGAGCCGACCUUCAUAGACCCUGAGGCCAUCAAGUACUUCCGGGAGAGGAUCGAGAAGAGGGAUGGGACCGAGGAGGAGGACCUCCGCUUAGCUUGCCGCCACGAGAGAUACCCCGCCCGACACCAGCCACACAUGGGAGAUUCCUGGCCCCGGAGCUCUGCACAGGAGGCACCAGAGCUGAACCGCCAGUGCUGGGUCCUGGGGCACUGGGUGUGACAGAGACCCAGCCUGGCACCCCGACCUCAGGCCGUUGUUGGCACCAGCCCCCUGCCUCAUGACCACUGGCUUGGCACCCCUGGAAACCUGGCCCAUGUGCUGUGGACUCCGCCAGCCUGCGUGGGAGACCCCAGGCCCGCCCUGCCCAGCGCUGCCUGGGUCUCAGGGCCCUGGAAAUGGGGCCGGGGUAGCCUGAGGGAAUGCACAGGGCUGCACAGAGCGACUUGGGGACAGCCACUCCUAACCCUUGCCACCGUGAUCAUAUGCAGAGCCCUGCUGGGGGCAGCCGGUACGCCAGGAAAGACAUGGACGUCGGUCACUGAAAGCCUGGGGACCAACGAGCCAGCCAGGAGGCUCAGGAGAUGGCCAGCGGUGGAGAGCCCUGCAGGGGCGGGUGGGGGGCUUCCUGAAGGAGGGGCAGGGGCGCUGGCACCACGGGGGUCCCACAGCAGGCACACAGCAGGGGCUCAAUAAAUGCUUGUGGAACCUGGUUU